AUGUCAAAUUUGUUCACUUAUUGUGUCUUCUUUUUUGCCAUACUUUUGAACUCUCCUGCACUCUCAGUGCCUUUGAAGCUUGGUUUCUAUCAGAAAUCAUGCCCAUCAGCUGAGGCCAUAGUGAAGAGUGCUGUAACACAAGCACUUGUCAAUGAUUCUGGCAUAGCUGCUGCCCUCAUUAGGCUCCAUUUCCAUGACUGUUUUGUAAGGGGAUGUGAUGCUUCUAUUUUGCUUGAUUCCAAACCGGGGAAUAAGGCAGAGAAAGAAAGCAUGGGAAACAAAGGAGUACAAGGAUUUGAGGUGAUAGACGAAGCUAAAGCCAAGAUAGAAGCUCAAUGCCCACAAACAGUUUCAUGUGCCGACAUAAUUGCCCUUGCAGCUCGAGAUAGUGUAUUCAGUGCUGGUGGUAUCCACUAUGAUGUCCCUGGAGGGCGUUUUGAUGGAAGGGUCUCAUUGAUAGAUGAAGUAAACAAAAAUCUUCCUGAUGCAUUUUUCAAUGUGACACAAUUGGAAAACAACUUUGCCCAAAAAGGGCUGUCACUUGAGGAAAUGGUCACACUCUCUGGGGCUCACUCUAUUGGUGACUCACAUUGCUCUCUUUUCUCAAAACGUUUAUAUUCAUUCAAUGCAAAAUAUGCACAAGAUCCCUCCAUGAAUCCUGCUUAUGCUAAUUUCUUAAAAUCUCAAUGUCCCAAACCCUCAAAAAACACCAUGCUUGAUCCUGUAGUGCCUUUUGAUCCCUCGACACCAACCCGGCUUGAUAACAACUACUAUAAGAACUUAAAAAGUUACAAGGGGCUAUUGGCUACAGAUCAAGUGCUAUGGAUUAGUUCUUUAACAAGAAAGAUGGUGAAGAAUAAUGUUAACCAUCCAAGUGCUUGGGCUUCAAAGUUUGCUGCUGCAAUGGUGCACAUGGGUUCAAUUGAUGUGCUCAAUGAGAAACAAGGUGAAAUUAGGAAGAACUGUAGGGUGGUGAAUUAG